AUGAAGAAAUACAACAUCAAAGUUCUUGGACUAUGUGAGACCCGUUGGAACGGAAACGGCCAGACCAGACUGUCUUCAGGAGACACUAUCAUCUAUUCCGGACAUGGAGACAUGGACCACGAUCACACCCAAGGAGUCGCGCCUCUGUUGGCGCCAGAGACUAUGAGAGCGCUGGUGGCAUGGAAACCCGUCUCACCAAGACUUAUGGCAGCCAGGUUCAACUCCAAGGGAAGGAAGACCACCAUCAUACAGUGCUAUGCACCAACUAACGUAGCACAGGAAGAGGAAAAGGAAGACUUCUACAGUUCUCUGCAGUCGCUUUUGGACCAGACUCCGCGAAGAGACAUGAAGAUCGUCAUGGGCGACCUGAACGCCAAGGUGGGGGACGACAACACAGGUAAAGAAUUCAUCAUGGACAGACAUGGCGUAGGUAUCUGCAACGAGAAUGGAGAGCUUUUCACAGACUUCUGUUCCUUCAACGACCUAGUCAUAGGCGGCACCAUCUACCCACACAGAAAGAUCCACAAGAUCACUUGGACUUCACCAGAUGGAAAGACUGACAACCAGAUCGACCACUUCACCAUCGACCGCAUGUGGAGACGAAGUGUGCGGGACGUCAGAGCAAGGCUCGGCGCCGACGCAGCCUCGGAUCAUCAGUUGCUGGUGGCGACACUAAAGACCAAGCUGAGAUCCUUCUGUGACUGCAGGAAGACCACACCACAAGUUCAACACAUAGUUUCUGAACGACAGGAGAAAAUAGAAGAGUUCAACUGUGAAGUUAGGAACAGGUUCGAGGCGCUAGCAGAUUUGGCCGAAGAGACAUUAGAGAACCACUGGACAGAAGUACAGAAAACCUGGAAGGAAGCUUGCACCAGUCCUGGGGAGGAAAGAGAGAGAGCAGAAGGAGUGGUAGACGAAGGAAACCUGGGAGAAGAUAGAGAGGAGAGAGAUGAAACAGGAAAUCAACAGAUCUCACUAUCAACAGAUGAAGGCAGACCUCAGAGCACAGUAUUGGAAGCUGAACUGAGAAGUGAAGAAGAGCGCAAGGCAUGA